CCGACUCAUUUCCCCAUCGCAUGCAUUGCAGACCAAUCAUGGAGACAUCAAAACACCAGGGCACCGAGCCCAUCAACCAGAGAGGAAUGAUAUUGAACACCUCAUAGCCGGCAUGGAGGCUUUGGCCUUCUUUCCUUAUCACGACUAUUCAAAAUGCCUUACACCAUUGCCAUGGUUUGUGACUUCUUCUUCCCUCAGCCCGGGGGAGUCGAAAGUCACAUUUACCAGCUAUCAACAAAACUGAUCGAUCGAGGCCACAAAGUCGUUGUCAUCACCCACGCAUACGAAGGUCGUACAGGAGUUCACUAUCUCACGAAUGGAUUGAAGGUCUACCACGUUCCAUUUCUGGUCAUCUAUCGAGAAACCACCAUGCCGACCGUCUUCUCCUUCUUUCCCGUCUUUCGCAACAUCGUCAUCCGGGAGCAGAUCCAAAUCGUUCACGGUCAUGCCAGUUUGAGCAGUCUGUGUCAUGAAGCCAUCCUACAUGGCCGGACCAUGGGUCUACGUACAGUGUUUACAGAUCAUUCUCUUUUCGGAUUCGCCGAUGCUACCUCGAUUCUGGCCAACAAGUUGCUCAAAUUUGCAUUGAGUGACGUCGACCAUGUCAUCUGCGUCAGUCACACCUGCAAGGAAAACACUGUGCUUCGAGCAUCGCUUGAUCCGUUGAUGGUUUCUGUCAUCCCCAACGCAGUGGUAGCCGAGAACUUUCAACCUCGAAACUACACGUCCACAUCCGAUGGCAUAGGCUACAUGAGGCCUAGACCCCUGCCUCAACGGCUUGGGCCUGGCGACACCAUCGUGAUUGUCGUUAUUUCACGCUUGUUCUACAACAAAGGCACGGAUCUUUUGAUUGCAGCAAUACCAAGAAUCCUCGCACAACAUCCCAAUGUUCGGUUUAUCAUUGCUGGAUCAGGGCCGAAAGCCAUUGAUUUGGAGCAGAUGCUCGAAAGACGGAUGCUACAGGAUAAAGUCGAGCUUCUGGGCCCUGUCCGUCACGAAGAGGUCCGGGAUGUCAUGGUCAAGGGCCAUAUAUACCUGCAUCCCAGCUUGACCGAAGCCUUUGGAACUGUGAUCGUCGAAGCAGCUAGCUGUGGUCUGUAUGUGGUUUGCACACGAGUGGGUGGAAUUCCUGAGGUCUUGCCUGCGCAUAUGACCACUUUCGCCAAACCCGAGGAAGAAGAUUUGGUUGCAGCAACUGGCAAAGCCAUCGCAGCGCUUCGGUCGGGCAAAGUCAAGACUGAGCGGUUUCAUGAUCAGGUGAAAAUGAUGUAUUCCUGGCAGGAUGUUGCUCAAAGAACUGAAAGAGUAUAUGACGGUAUCACCGGAGCCAUCAGCGAACAGGAGUUCUAUGGCCAGGACGCCAGCGCGAACUGGAGUGCCACCCGUGGGCGUUCCUAUGCAUUAAUUGACCGACUGAAACGCUACUACGGAUGCGGAAUCUGGGCCGGCAAGCUGUUCUGCCUCUGUGUGAUCAUCGACUAUCUGAUCUUUGCGUUCCUGGAGAUAUGGGCUCCCAGGGCCAGCAUCGACAUCGCCAAAAGCUGGCCACGGAAACCUUUCAUCAACGACAAGAACAAGCCGGUGGAGAACGGCAUGUUUCGUAGGAGAGGGACAGAUCUCAUGGACCGUCGAAAUGGUUCGCUCGUCAUGCGCUGACACGGAU